GUCGAGUUUAGGAGCCGUUCCGUUGCAAAGACUGAAAUCCGCAGAACAUAAACAGCUGUGCUGAAGUCGCGUUGGGUUAUGGCUCCCAGGGUUUUUGGGCGCGGUGAACCAGAUACAACUUGAGAAAGAUCUCUGGGAAAUGUGCCAGAUGCCUUUAGUUGCUGUUUCAGUUGGAAUUUCCAGUUACAACAACAGGAUUCUCUAAAACUGAUGAUAUGUUAUCGCAGGACCAUUAUGUUAAGAAGACGUUCUUUGCCAUGGAUCUGGCUCGGGAUUUUAUGUACAUUUUUCUAUCUCAGUGGGCUGUACCAGUAUCUGGUGGCCUGGUCUUACUCAGAGUAUUACACACAUUGGGGACCCUCUCAUCCCUUGCCACCACUGAUGGCCCAACUUAAGACAGGAGAAGAGGCCAAGGUGAAACCUGUGAAUGAAUUUAUGUUCUCUUACACAUACUUGAAUGAAAAAUGCAAAGGAAAAGAUUCAGUGAGAUUAAUGUAUGUUGUGAAGUCUGCACUGGAAAAUUUUGAUAAAAGAAAUGGAAUUCGUAAUUCUUGGGGAUUUGAGAGUCGCUUUUCAGAUGUAGAAAUUAGGACAGUUUUUCUUGUUGGUAUGAAUUCACCAGAAUCAAACACACAGAAACAAUUAGAAAAGGAAAUAGAAGAACACAAAGAUAUAAUACAGGCUGAUUUCAUUGACUCUUAUUUCAACAAUACAAUAAAAACUAUGAUGGGAUUACACUGGACGUAUCAUUUUUGUCAUAAUGUCAAGUAUUUUUUGUUUGUAGAUGAUGACUAUUAUGUAUCCACCAGAAAUAUGUUGAGAUUUUUGAGAGAUCCCAGAAAUUAUCCUCAGUAUCUUGAGAAGUACAUUGUGACAGCAGUGAAUGAGUAUAUGGAAGACCUGUAUGCAGGCUAUGUCUUCCGUGACUCAUCCCCCAUUAGGUGGGUAUUCAGCAAGUGGUACAUAUCACUGGAUGAAUACCCCUACUCUAAAUGGCCUCCAUAUGUGACUGCAGGAGCAUAUGUAUUAUCCAGGAAGAGCUUGGAGGAAUUGUACUUUGGCAGUAUUUACACCAAUAAUUUUCGAUUUGAUGAUAUAUUUCUCGGAAUGGCAGCAAAGAAGGCAGGUAUUAAGCCUUUCCACCACAAGGAGUUUUACUUUUACCGCAAGCUGUAUGACAAGGAAGGUUUUAAGUGGGUUAUUGCCUGCCAUGGUUUUGAUAACCCCCAGGAGCUUCAGUCAGUGUGGAAUGAGCAAAGAUCUGCUGGAAAUGCCUAACAAAAUUUCCAGAUACAAAUGUAUUGCUAUAUUAUUUACAAGAACUUAACCUGAUGUAAUUCCAAAUCUUAUAAACUAUUGUUGUAUACCAUUAUGCAUAUAAAUUUCAUACUUGUGUUAGUUCAAAUCCAAUCUCAUAUCUCAAAAUUGAUGAGUCACUGAGCUUGCAGUAAGACAUAUUUGUGUGUCAUCAAGUUUGUGGCAUUGGUGGGUUUGUCUUGUGGAAGCAAGUUUUGUAUUUUUAUAUUCCCUUGUUUGUUUAUUUAUUUAUUUAUUUGUAUUUUUACUCUAAGCUAUUCUUGAAGAGUGAUGUUAGGCUUCUUUAGUGUAGGAGCCAUCAAUGUAUGAUUAUUGUACUUUAAAUUGUAAAUGUCAUGUAAGAUUUUUGGUAAUUGUCAGUGAGAAAACAAACUUAGUUGUAUUCAGAUUCAGAUAUGAAAUCCUUUAUUGCCAAUACAGUGUUUUAGGGCUGAUGAUAUAACUCAGCUGAGCACCCAGGCCUUGAUAUAGGCUGUGGCACCCUCUAGGUAAUUCCACUCAAUUUAUCCUACUACAGGUAAACUUGGAUAGAAACAUCUUUGGGUAAACCAUUCAAGUGUUUGGCUGCGAUUACCCUUGCCCUAAGUAUUUGUUCUUGAUAGAGCAUGCUGUAGUCAGUCAUGUCUUCUUUUUCAGAUUGUGUUAUGAUUUAAUAUCACCAGUGUAUGGGUGAACCUUUUUUCAAAUUUUAGUUAUGAGUGAUUAUUUAUUGGCAUUUCCCCUGUUUUCAUUGCUGUGUUAAGAUGCUUUAUUGAGCUUCAUAUAGCUUCCUCCAUUUAAUGUGUACUCAUAUUUUCAUGGAUUUUUGGUAAUGAGUAUGUAUAUUUGCCAUGGCAGUAUUUUAAAGUAUUAUGUAAAAGCUUUAGAAAAUAAGGUGCCAGGUAGUACAACAUUAGAUUUCUUAACUUAUAGUCUGUUUUUGCAAUAUUAUCUCUGCUGAUUAGGUAAUGAUAGAAUAACUGCUGUUUAUCGAGCCUUCUAGAGAGUCAAGAUUUAUACAUUUCCAAUAUUUUUAUGAAUACCAAAUACUCAAAUGAAAUUUUGGCUUACAUUUUCAAAGUUGGUUGUAGAUGCAUCAGUUACAUUUUGGUGUGGUAGAAAUUUGUGCAUGCCAAGUAAAUGAGAUGCAUUGAAAGUAUGCCACAGAAUGAUAGCAUCAAACUGAGUUUCUAAUGGACAUUCAUAGGGUAGCUUAUAUUGUAUCAGAUAUGUUUACACAAGAUUUUCCUAGAAUGUUUAUUAGAGAAACUGCUAUACUCUUUAUCAAUUUUGAAAAGCAAAUUUCAUGCAGAUUUUGCUUUUGCCAACUGAUAGCAUAGCAUCUUCAUAAGAAGCAUGGUUAUGUGCCUCUUGCUUGGCCAUGUUACUCUUUGUCCAUCUUUAACUAUGAAACCUCCCAGCAAGAGGGAUAAUGUAGAAGCACAGACUUUUCAGUCCAUGGACUGGAAUCUCCUGUUGAGGGCCAAAUCAGCUGAUUGCAGUGGAGGCCAGGAGCCAAGUUAGGCUCCACACACACUGCAGUAGCAACAAUGACAGUGUAAUGAUGGAAGUCAAAUUUUUUUUAAAUUAUUAUGUUAAAAACAUAAGAAAAAUAAUUAAAUAAUGUAGAAACCUCUAGUUUGAAAUGGAGAGGAUGAUAAAUCUUCUCUUCCUUCUCUUAUGUAACUUCUAUUUUUUUUCUCCACUUUGUUAAUUUCAUUCUCUUCCUUUCUCCUUUUCUAGUAAUUUUCAGCAAGUGAAUUAGUAAUUUAUUAAAUAUGUGAAUUAAUGAAUGUGUGACAUUAUUAACAUAUGCUUCUUUAAUAAGGAGCACAGGAAGAUCUAAGGGACACUUAAGUGAUGGGAUCCUUCUGUGAAAAGCCACUUGUUGAAUGUAUAUUAGUGCUUGGGCAUAAUGAUGGUGGGCAAGUAGAGAAUUACAGGUUCUCUAAAAUUAAAUUUGUAAUUACAUGAGUGUGUUCAAGCCCUAAACAACUGAAGUAAGACUACAUUUUAAAGAAAUGCAUGAUGAACUGAUCUCUAUAUCUGUAUUGGUUUUAUAUGUUUGUUAUUUUUGUAAUAUAAAAUCAGUUUGUUGGAAAAGGUCUGUGGUUUAUAUUAUGCCAGUUCACAUAUGAUAAUGUUAGUUUGAGUUAUGUUUGAGCCACAUGAGAAUUACUGGGUUAAUUAGCUUGAAAUUUCAAGGGAGGUUGCUUCAUUGAGAUUCAGGGAUAUUGAAAAAAGAAAUACCUAGAUCUAUACCUCACUGAGAUGGAAAAUGUGAGUAGUUUUUGGAAAAUUAUGGAAGUCCUGGCUUUGGCCUUCUUUGAAAAUCAGCUGCCAAGAAUGGAAAAAGUAAACAUUUGUGAUAAGUAUGAGGAAAAAUAUAAUUAAUGCUUCUUUUCCUGUAUCCAUCUAUGUACUGUAAUUGAAUUUUGAUGUAUGAAGGUAGUGUUUUAAUUUGCUGAGUCAAGUUAAGGCUAAACUUUAGGAUGGAAUUUUAGAGUUUCAAUACUGAGCAGAAAAGAGGGAGUAAGAGUUUGUAUAAAUUUGCUGUUUCUGUAAAAUUUUUAUAUUGCUGUAGUUUCUGGAAGGAGGGUGUGUUUGUAUAAUUCUGCAGUUUCUGGAAAGUUUGUAUAAUUUUGUAGUUUCUGAAAGAAAGGAUUGUGAAUUUAUUUAUAUAUGAUUUUGCACUUUCUGAAGUCAUUGAGUUUGUACACAUUUGUAUAUUUCAUUUUGAUGAGGCAUUCAAACAUUUCAAUGUACAAGACAUUGAGCAUGCUUGUUAGAACAUUAAGGCCAAGUUGUCCUGCCUUAUCCCAUAUACUCCACUACAUGUAUGUGUUUCUGUUUAUUGGACCAAAGUCCUGUGAGAAUCUCACAAAUUAACAAUAUGUUUUGUUAUACUGAUUUUUUUUUUUUUUUUUUUUUUUUUUUUUUUUUUUUUUUGCUUCUCAAUUAAUUUAAUUCAUGGUCAUUAUAUGUAUUGAUAAAAAAAAAAUGAUAUUAUAGUUCUAUAAUGAAUUAUGAAUGAAAAUGUUUUAUAAUAGUGAAAGUAAAACCUGAAGUAUUAGUUAUGGUGCUUUUCCAGAAAGGAUUACAAUGGAUGAAUUUCCAAUCCAUGGAAUAUACUGCGAGCUUGCCAAACUACUAUAGUGUAAUUGUUGAGAUUAUUAUUUAUUUGUUAUUAUUUUUUUUUAUUAAUAUUUGUUUUCACUAAAACACUAAUAAAGCUAAUACCAAGGCUUA